AUGAAACUUUUGACUAAUGAUAAAGCAAAUACACUUUCAUCUUUUACACGUAUUUUUCAUAAAUUAUAUCAUACAAUUGGUUCAUUCAAUUCAUGGUUAAUAGGAUUAAGUAUUUUAUGUUUAUUAUGUACUACUCUAUUUUCAUUUAUCGAAUCUUGGACUAUAUUCUUCUAUCUUACUCUAACACCUUACUUGAUUAUAUUGACUUGGUCACUGCCUCUAACUCGUAUUGGAAGUUGGAAAGCAAUUACAUCUAUUAUUCAUCGUUUAUCUGGUAUUCUUUCUCUUCUAUUACCUAUGUGUCUAAUUAUAUAUAAUUCAUGGACAGAUCAACAUCCUCCAGGUUAUCUUUAUGGUAUGGCAGUAUUAUGUAUUGUUUUUAAUUGUAUAUUUGGUGCUCUUCUUAUACCACAACGAAUACCAAGUUUUGAUAUUCCAACAAUACGAGCAUUUGGUGUUGGAGUUACUUUAGGUUUAUCAUUUGUUGGCUGGUCAUUAGUAUGGUAUUUUGGUGCAGAACCAUGGUUUGCUCCUUUUGGAUAUCUAUGUGCAUUCUAUAGUUUUCUUACAUGUAUAUUAGCUUGGAACGAUUCUAUACAACAUAUUUAUACGAAUAAAACAAAUCCUUAUUAUGCUACACAACUUGAUUUAGAAUAUUUUAAACCACCAAAACGACCUCAUCAAGUAGGAUUAAAACAUAAACCAUACAAACUCUGGGAAGUAUUUAUUAAAUUUCCUUUUAAAUCUGUUCAUCCAAAAUUACAAGAAGUUACUGUUACACCUUCAUCAGCAGCUGUAGUUUUUACAGUUACACUGACGGCUAUGUUUUCACUUUCAACAUUACUUCAAUGGCAUUAUCUUUAUUGUGGACCAAAUGGUAUGAUGCUUCGCCAUCAACUAUUCUCCUCAUAUACAAGAUAUUCUGCAUAUCUAGCUUUAUUGGCAGCUGUUGCCAAUAAUUUUGGUACAUUUGCUGGAACUUUAGUAGUUCAACAAAAAGUUACUUCUUUCUGGGGAGCGUUUUUUAAUGCUAUUGGCCUUCUAAUUCCUGUCGUUGCCACAUUAGCAUUUCAAUUACGUGUUCCACAUGAAAAUAUAUUACAUUCAAUGAUAUUAAAUAAAUGCUCCUUGUAG